GUGAAUGGUGAAUGGUGAUUGAUCAACCAAUAUACAUGCACAAAUAUAUGCUGUCCACACAGCCAUAGCUCUCUGCUCAAACUACUCCAACACUGUGAAGAAGAAGAAAACUGGCAGCAGAGAUGGCCUUAGUAAAACCCAUACUGAAGUUUAGUCCUUCCGUUACUCCACGGCCGAGCAGCAGCCGGAAACCGCCUCUCUUCAGCGUGAGAAUGUCGAGCACCGCCACAUCGGCGAAGCCGGCGAAGAAGGCCGCCGGCAAGCAGGCGAUCAAGGAAUCCCUCCUGACGCCGAGAUUCUACACGACGGACUUCGAGGAAAUGGAGAGGCUUUUCAACACGGAGAUUAACAAAAAUCUGAAGGAGGAUGAGUUCGAGUCGCUGCUUCAGGAGUUCAAGACGGACUACAAUCAGACCCAUUUCGUGAGGAACAAGGAAUUCAAGGAGGCCGCCGACAAGCUUCAGGGUCCUCUCCGGCAGAUAUUCGUGGAAUUCUUAGAGAGGUCUUGCACUGCUGAGUUCUCUGGUUUCCUUCUCUACAAAGAACUCAGUAGAAGGCUCAAGAAAACAAACCCUAUUGUAGCAGAGAUAUUUUCUCUAAUGUCUAGGGAUGAAGCUCGCCAUGCUGGAUUCUUAAACAAGGGAUUGGCCGACUUCAACUUGGCAUUGGACUUGGGCUUCCUGACUAAGGCCAGAAAGUACACAUUUUUCAAGCCCAAAUUCAUCUUCUACGCAACAUACCUGUCUGAGAAAAUUGGGUACUGGAGAUACAUUACCAUAUAUAGACACCUGAAAGCGAAUCCGGAAUAUACGUGUUACCCAAUUUUCAAUUACUUCGAGAACUGGUGCCAGGAUGAGAAUCGCCAUGGCGACUUUUUCUCUGCUUUGAUGAAAGCUCAACCUCAGUUCCUCAAUGACUGGAAGGCAAAAUUGUGGGCCCGCUUCUUUUGUCUUUCGGUUUACGUGACUAUGUAUCUCAAUGACUGCCAGAGGAGUGCUUUCUAUGAAGGCAUUGGCCUUAACACAAAAGAAUUUGAUAUGCAUGUCAUCAUUGAGACGAACCGAACAACGGCUAGAAUCUUCCCGGCUGUACUAGAUGUGGAGAACCCGGAGUUCAAGAGGAAGUUGGACCGAAUGGUGGAGAUCAACCAAAAGCUGAUCGCAGUCGGGGAGAGCAGUGACCUUCCCGUGGUGAAGAAUCUGAAGAGAAUCCCUCUCGUUGCUGCCCUUGCUUCUGAGCUGUUUGCUGCCUAUCUCAUGAAACCUGUUGAUUCUGGUUCCGUUGACCUUGCUGACUUCGAAACCCAGCUCGUUUACUGAAUGAAGACUGCUCUCCUCUUCUUUAAUUCUGCAAAAACACGAUUGUGUAUAAUCAUCCGGUCAGAGAGAAAUUUCCUCUUCGUUUCUAUUUGGCUGAAUUAAUUAAUGAUCAGAAUGAUCUUAUAACCAUGAGAUGCAUGCGAUUAUCUACAACUCCAUUGGGUGAUGGACUACUUUCAAUGAACCAAUGUCAUCUCCCAAACCUGACAGGCCGUGCAAUUGGAUCUUAGCAUUAGCCGUUAAUGUCUUUAUGGAUGUUAUUGGUCGCAGGGCCGUUAAUUGUUUCAUCGGAAGUUAAGUUAAUUCUUGCGGUCUCCCCUGAUUGUCUAGCUAAAAGUUAAAUUUACUUUUUAAAAUUAUACUUCAUUCGUUCCGUUAAAGAUUGAUGAGUGGUUCUACUCUUAGUGUAUUUUUACUUUAUCGUAGGGGUGGACCGGUUCUGGUUCGGGCCCGAUUCAGGCCUGGGCCCGGCCGGGCUUCGGUUCAUGAAAGGGGAGGCCCGGAACCGGCCCGGGUAACCUCGGGGCCGGGCCGGGCCUCGGUUCAUUUUUUUUUGGGAUUUUCCUAAUUAACCCCCAACCCUCCCCCUCACCCCCAAACCACCUCAAAUGGCCCAUCAUACCCAGUCCAACCCAAAAACUUAAAAAAAUUCAAACAAAAAAAUAUUGGCCCG